AGGUGGCCGGAGCGGUGCGGGAGCGGGUUUUGCGCGCGGCGCCCGUCGAGUUCGUGCGUUCGCUCGCAGCCGCGGAGUUGACCGGGUUCCGUUUCUGCGAUUGUGUGGCGAACCCCCUCCCGUCAACAUCUUUUGUCCGCGCCUGCCCUGGUCGUCGUCACCGUCGCGAGAGGGUGAAGUAACGAAGACAUGUCAAGCUUUGCCGCCAGCCCGUCGCGCCGACUGUGAGCGGCGGUAGACGACGUGUGCAGUGUUCUUUUCCCCGUGCGUUGUGCCAGUGGUCGUCGUCGUGGUGGUUUGGCCGGCCGGCCGGCCGGAAGUUGUGGCUCCUCUGUUUUGUUGCACGGUGCUGUCAUGGCGGUGUAGCGCGCGCGCGAGACGUUUCGGCUCGGCCUGCGUGCGUGCUCUCCCUGCGAGACGGCGUUCAUGGCUGCGCCGUUUCUCGUCGCGACCCCGUGCCGUCGUAGUCUAGCGGGGCCGUCGGCUUAACCCCGCCAGGAAUACCGUCUCUUCGCCAUGCGAGUACACCUUUAGGCAGCUACAGCUAUACAGCCAUGCCACAGAUACAUCUUGUCACUGACCGUGUCACUGACUACAUCCUACCAUUUCUUGGCGCUCUUCGGCCAUCAUAGGCCCUUGCGCCACAAAACCACAUGCAUCAUCGUGCAUGUCCGGUCCUGGCCUGGACUGGACUGCCGUGGAGAAGCUGAUGCACGCCGACGAGGAACGCUUCGAAGAGGCCGUCAGCUCCCUCAGCGUGCGGGAGCUGCUGGACCUGGUAUCUGGCCUCCAGUCAGCCAUGGCGGAGGAGCAGCGGCGGUUCGAUGCCCUGGGACUGCAGCUCCAGCGGCUGGGCGCGCAGGGUGGCGAUCCCGAGGAGCAGAGGGCAUUGUCUGCUGCAUUGUGCGCCUCACAGCUUCGCCUUGCGCGGCUCUGCACCCGCAACAUGCGCUGUUUCGCACAGCAAGCUAUCCAGAAGAAGGAGGGUGAAUCUCGCACCACUGGCAGCACCAGCAGCAGUGGUGGUAACAGGAGUGUUGGCAGUGGCGGCAGCAGCAAGCGGCUGCGGGAACCUUAUCGCGACCAGGUCACCACCGAGCUCUCAACAUCACCGCUUAUCCGGCGGAACCUUCUCGACAUCUCUGACUUUGAUGAGGUGGAAGCAGCCUUUUCCUCAAUGAUGGAAGAUGGUUCUUCUUCCCAGGAGGUUCUCUCCACACCUUUUUCCGCACAAGAGGAGAAUCAUGCUGACAACGACUAUGACCCGAAAGAUUUUGUUGUGCACAGAAACACGUUCAUCACCACUGAGGACUACCACUCUGAAGACUCAACGCUGCCUGGCAGCAGCCCUCAGCCGCUGGUGCGUGAAGCCUCCAGUGACGCGUCAGACGAUGACGAGGGCGACUACCACCUGCGUUACGAUGAAGACGAGGAGGAGAUGCAGCAGCGCGGCUACGACUCGCGGCACCACUAUGCCUUCUACCCAGAGGAGACUGAGCUUGAGGUCAUCCCCGAGGAGGACGAGGACCAUGCCAGCAACUCUGACUGCUCGGACCCGAUGGGCGAGCGGAGUCGAAUGACUGAGCAUGAUUCGGGUGUGACUGAUGAGCACCACAGCAGUGGCAGUGAUGAUGACCGGAGGCAUGGCAAGCGGUCAGAGGACACCGACAGCGGACUGCACUCACUUCCAUGGACACGAGACUGUGACUCUUCCCGUGGGAGUCCAGAGACCAGCCCCGACACCAAGGAACGUCCUGAGAUCAAGCACAACAUCAAACCUGAACCUAAACCUGAGCCAAAGUUAGAGUCAAAGCCAGAGCCAAGGCAAGCGUCAAGGCAUUCGAAUGAUGUCCCACGAGCUACUGUGUCUAUUCAAUGCAAUGGUCCUGAUUCGCUUCGUAAUGUUCUCUCAGCACAACAGAAUGACUCAUCACCACGAGGCCCCGAGCUUCUCAAAGGUAGCCGACUGGCCGAACUCAUCAAGAGCUUCGAGCAAGUCUCAGUCAUGACAAAUGGCCAGUCACCACUGCCAUCACGCGCCACAACUGCCACCACAUCUGUAAUCUCAUCACCCUCGCCUGCCAUGACCCCGAUGCUGACUGUGACUGCAAGGUCGCGACCUGCUGAAGCUGUCACUACGGUAACAGUGAACCGCGUAACUACAAACAACUCUCCAUCAUGGACGACCAACGGAGGUACAUUGCCUGUCACAUCAACACAAGUUGAUCCCUCUGUCGAUGAAGAGCUGUUGCCGAGGAGUGCGACACUAAUGUGGAAUCCUACUGAGCUCCUGAAGGAACUGUACAGAAUUGAAAUGCCUCAGCAGGGUUCACGGGACUGCGGGGCAUGCAUCAACCGCGAGGGAUACCUGGACGUGAUGCCUUCAAACCGCAAGAAGGCCACCUACUGGAAUCCCUGGAGGCGGCGAUACAUGCGGCUACAGGACGGCAUGCUCUCCUGCCUCGAGAACGAGAAGUCAACGAAGCCACUGGUGAAGAUGCAACUUCUCGGUGGUCAGGUUGACACCCUUGAGAACCACAUGAUUGGCAUCGAUGACAAGAAGGGUCACUAUGUGGCGGUCAAGUGCUCCUCAGAGUCCGAGUGCCGUGCGUGGCUGGAGGCCCUGCAGUCACACUGCCAGCAGGAUCCCCAGCGCAGCUUUGUGCAGCCCGUCGAGAGGCCUCUGCCCUGCAACAAGCGUGUUGUUAUAGUUGACUUGGGUGGAUGCUCAGUCCGGGCUGGAGUCCUCAUGGAACAACCUGCUCUACCAACGGUCUACUUCCCGUCAGUCUGCAGCACAGACCGAAAUACAGGCAAGCGCUACUUUGGCCUCGACGCUGUCCAGCCAGAGGUGCGCAGGAAUUCACAGCUCAGCUUCCCCAUCCUCCCAUCGGCCAAAAUUUCCAAGUACACGAUAGACGUGGAUGGACUUCCUGAGCUUAUGAACAAGAUCUUCCGGGACCUGGGCAUCACGAAUCCUUCCGAGUACAAAGUGCAGCUCUGUGUUCCACGUAGCCUCAGCCUGCAGACUCAGGCAGCCCUCGCUGAGGCCCUUCUCUCUCGUGUGGGUGUCGGUGCCCUGAGUGUCACCCACCAAGCCAUCUGUGCUCUGUAUGCCUACAACACCACAUCAGGCGUGGUCGUUGAUCUGGGAGCGCGCAUCGAUAUCCUGCCAAUAGCAGAUGGAUACAUUGUGGAAGGCGGUGUGUCCCGGUUGCCUCACGGAGCCCAGCAGCUGACGCAGCAGUUGCGGCAAGCCCUCGCCCAGAAGCAGCUCAGCCUGUUUGGAGAGUUGGAGUUGUACCUGGUCCGUUGGGUGCAGCAGCAGGUGUGCUACGUGGCACCCAACUACAGAGCCGAGCUCAAUGCCUGCCACUGUGAUCCCGCCGCCUACGAGUGCUGCCUGCCCCUGGGACACUUCUUCCAGCCACCCGCACCUCACAUGGAGGCACGCCUGGACCUGGGGCGGUUCCAGUGUCCAGAGGGACUGUUCCGGCCCGAGCUGUGGGGCCUUGACUGCCCAGGUCUUGGCAAGCUGCUGCAGCGUGCUCUGCAGGAGUGCUCGUUGGACGUGCGCCGACAGAUGGCGCGCUCCGUGUUCCUCUCGGGAGGCCUCUCCCUGUUGCCGGGAUUGCCUCAGCGGCUACAGACUGAGCUGGACGCCCUCACUCCCGAGUCGCUGCAGCCCAAGGUCCAUGCUUCUCCCUACCGUGUCCACAUGGCCUACCUUGGGGCAAGCACCAUGGCAUCAACUUCAGCCUUCGAGGAAGUGUGCGUGACGCCCCGUGAGUGGAAGCAGAAAGGUCCAUCGUGUCUCAGUAGGUGGCACCUGUGACAGUCCCUCACCUGUGGAAAAGUGGAGUGCUUCUUGUGUUUAUAAGAACUUUGCCAUACAACAUUCGGGGGAAAACAACAUGCAACUGGCCUCUACCCUGCCCCGUGCUGACUCACCUAAAGUCCCGGAAUGAGAGUUACGCAACAAGUACAUCUGUGGAGUCAAGUCACCCAAGAAGAACAUUGUUCGUCAUCUGAUAAAGCGGAACAGUCCCAUGGCAGACGGCUUAGAUAUUCUCGUGGCAGACAGCUUGCAGAGAGCAGAAGACCUAAAGUCCCGAUGUGACGAGUAUUGUAAAGCAAGUACACCUACGGAGUCAAAUCUCAAGACAUCAUGCGCGCCUUUUGUUUGUUUGAUGCAACGGUCAGAACCAUCGCCUCAUCGAGACACCCCACGGCCGACACACCACAGAGUCGGGCAGAUAUCAAACAGCAGAAGUUACACGCUCUAGGCUAACCAUUUCUGCAAUGUGCCGUGGAAGCAAGCAGCCUCGACACAUGGUUGACCUGGUACUGUGGUAUCAUUCAGUUGCUUCAAGAAAAAAAACUAAGCGCCAUGCCGGCACCAAGACCGAUGUGGGCAUCUGCUCUGUCACUGUGUUCUCUUCGUUUUUGAGAAUGUUCUCAAAGUGGUAAAUGCACGCUCACAUGAGCAGCCCAAGUUGCAGCAACUCGAGGGUCCAACAGCUCUUGCAUUGUGAGUUGCUCCUGGGUGCAUCGUGUCCUUUUCGAGUUUGUAGAUUACCCUGAUGAAGUGACCUUCACAGCAGUAUGUGCAUUUGACUGAAAAACAUCCUGCUGCAGGUGCUUCUACGGGCCAGUGAUAUUGCGAAAAAAGUGUGCUGCGUAUUUUUAUCUCUGGUGAUCGAUGAGCAAAAGACCCGCCAAUUGGCACAUGUCAUUUUAGCCACAACUAGUGCGUAUAAGGGACAUUGAUAAAUCUUGUGAGCAGUUUGAAAUGAAACAACCGCUGCUGGUGCGCAUUUGCAGACCAUACCUGCCUAGUUUUUUUAGAAAAGUCGUAUUUUCUGUUUCCACAUUAUCUGCGCCUAAGCAGCAGAUGUCGUUUGUCAUCGUUUGACUGACUGGUACAUAGUUGGUUUAAAAUUUCUUGUACCACUCUUGUGAAGAAGUAAUGUGACUUAGGAGGAAAUAUUGAAGCUGUAGUUGUGUAGAAGAGAAGAGCCCUGUGCCUUUUUUGUGGACGUCUUGCCAACAUUUUACAUGUGUGACUGGGUAAAGUCGUCACAACAUGUCUCUCUACAUGUUCGUGUUUCUCCUAGUAUGUAAAUACCGAUGCCAACUCUUUCUCGUCCUAAAGCUAGUUGGAAAGUUACUUUUACAUGUGACGUCCAGAAUUAUUUUAGAUACUGUGCAUAUAGUCACUGCAAUGCUGCUAGCUUGGGUUUUCACGAAAAAUGUGUAGUAAAAUGACUGCAUCAUAUAGGAUCGAAAAUUAUUGAAGAAAAACUGUUUGUCUGCUAGUAUUUAUUGUGCUUGGUGGAAAUUUCCGUCCAGUCCGGAACCUCUUUUGUCGGGUGCUUCCGAGGUGAUGCUUGUAUUUUUCUGCCCUGGUGCCGAAGCAGUCCCGAAGUCAGGGGAAAGUGUAAAUUUGUCAAAAAACAAUGUCGGCAGUUUGUCUGCCAGAUUCCUCCUGUGUUCACUGUGCAUUUACUUUUAUAGGGUUGCCUUUUUUUGUGCACUAUUUUUGAGCAAACUCAAUUUUUAUGCCACUUUGUACAGAUGCCACUGAAGAGGUGUUUUCCCAAUGUACACUUUCUCGGAGUUUGUGGUUUCACCUAAUUUAUAAUUCCUUUUCAUUGUUCCGUGUUGGCUACAGGAGUCCCUUUGAAGUAGAGAAUCGUUAAAAUUGGCUCGUGUUACAAUAUGUGAAUUUUUUGUGUGUGUGAUGUGCUUGUACAGUACAAGUGCUUGGAUUUUUUGAGCGUGUUGUAAUCGCCUAUUCAACCGUUUUUUAAUGCCUGUCCUGCGUUGCGAUGAAGUACGCAAGAGCCCUAAUUCAGGCCAUUUGUGUGAAAGAAAGCAAAACGACCAGAGCUCUCAAACUUGUGGCACCAGUUUUACCAAAACGUACUGCUGUAAAUUACUUUGUUACUGCUCUUGCAGUGUGACUUGCUUGACUGGGAAAGCAUUACAAUUGCUGAAAAAGGUUAGAGUUUGGCGUUUUCGAGAGAACAAGUCUUUAUUCAAGGGCAUAUGCCAAAUGGACAUGUUUGGUAUUGCGUCUGCAACCUGUCUGCAGGUGCUGCCACCUGGAGUGCAGUUGAACCUUGUGCCUUCAGAGCAGCGGUGUUCCAUGCUAUGACGAAUAUUUUUCUUGUAUACUGAAACAUUUAUUUUGUUAACUUUUCCCCUGCAGAGUUGCGAGAACAUUCUUCUAAAUUGUAGGCUCAAUUUGUACGGCUUACUUAUUGUCUGCGUAGCGUUUUUCUUGAUAUGUGCAGUCUUUACCGAAGGUUUCUAAGCCAACUAAUAAGAGACAGAAACUGCCACAACAGGGACGCACAGCGGUGCUCCUGUAGCAAAUCUUGUGCUCAGUAGCCCAGGAAAGUCAGGACCACUGUACCUUUCAAUCUCCAAGGCUUUGAAGCAAUGUUCGUACCAGCAUUCGAAUGCUUUAAGGAUACUGUACUUAAAGCAUGGCCCACAUUGUGCAUAUCAACAUUUUGCUGCCGUUAUGUUGCACUGUUAACUAUGGCUAUGUCUAAAGAAUAUUUGGCAUCAGUAACAUUCAAGGCAAAGAUUGCAUUUUAAUUUUGAAGUUACUGCAUUCAAAUUUGCAAAUGUACAAUGCACCUAAUGCCCCCAAUAGAAUGGUCAGCUAAUUAGUUGUGCGCCUAUGGCAUCCCAAAGUUUGGUACGUAGAAGUGUUUUGAAAAACGAAGCACUUUAUAUGAGAGAUUGCCCUAGGUUGUGCAUCAGGAGCGCAACAGUGGGACUGCCAGCAUACCUACGGUUUGUUAAGAGGAGUGGACAGGUGUCAACCUGCCAUCGGCAUGCCUGGCUCCCGAGAACCAUAUUGUUUUCUUUACUGUACUUACUAGCAGAAUGAAGAAAGCUUAAUGUGAAAUUUCAAUGCUUUUGAUUAGAGUUUAAUGCCCCCCACAAUUUUCGCAUCUCCCUCAGAUUUUGUCCUAUAAUUCUUCAAAGAACAAAAAAAAAACAAAAAAAAAACCUUCACACGGAAUUAUGACCUAGUCGGUCAUUCGAACCUUCAUGCUUGUUGGAAGCGUGAGAAAAAGACUAGACAAGGAACACGCAGAAACAGGACGAGCACCGACUUCAACUGAUGGUUUAUUGCGACAGAGCUCAGUUAGCGCCAAAACAAUAGAGAAAGAGACGAGGAAAGCGAGAUGGGAAAGUUAUGUCGAAACAAAUAAGUGGAACAUUUUUUGUACAAGUACCAAGUCUCGAUUGAAAUACCUUUAUUCUUUUUUUCACUAGGCCCCUGAAGGAGUGCUCACGCGUUUAUUUAUUUUAUUAUUGAUUGCAAAGGCCUCUAAGAUUUCCUUUUGCUUAGUUAAUAAAAGAGCACCGAUGAAAUGAUCACAUGACUUUGCAAGUGCAGCUCUCGGGCAGCUGUCAUUUUAUUUAACAAGCACUUUUAUCGGCUUUAAUGGCAACUUAUUAAUCCAAAGGGUAAGGAUAUAUAUUGGAUCAUGUAUUGCACCGGUUCUAAGCACAAUUUUUUUGCCCGAUGUGACGAGCGUAUUAAUGCAUGCCUUCAAGGAACAAAAGUAUCCAGGGUUUUAUUCGCAGAUAACUAUCGUGGUAGCGAAGCCGGUAGAGCAAAGGGACAGAGUUGUUGGUGUUGUGCUGGACAUUUUCCAUGCUUGUUCAAAAGGCCAUCGUUUCACCCAUGAAUUGCCAGAGGUUGACACCCUACAGUAGCUUCUCAAAGCUGGAGAUAUAGGCCACGGUCGAAAAAAAUUAAUUUUGAAUUAUGAUUCAGGUAGUUCUGAAUUGAUUAAAAGAGAAAUUGCUGUCACUGCUCGUUCUGUUUGUGCAUGUUCCUUUUCCAGUCUCUCAUUCGCACUGCCAGUAUGCUUGAAAAAAAGCCUUGCGAAGAUUGAAUUUCCUGUCAAGAUUUGCCACAGAGCUCCCCAAAAGGGGAGCUUCCCUCCAUGGAACAUCACUGCUGUUAUCUGAGAGAUAGAGAAUUUAUCUGUUAUUAGUAGAUAAAGCAGUGCCCUCUAGUAAAGUCUUUCAAUAGGAUAGUGAACUCUUACAUUGUGUUAGAAUUUCCUUUCAAAACCAGCAGUGCAUACUGGCCAGAAGCUGACUGCAUCCUGUGGUGUAGUGAUCACGCCAGACCAGGUGUGGACUCAGUUGAAUCCAUGCAAAGUGAUGUUCCACAACAUACACACACAUUGUUGACCCGAUGUUGCUGCUAUGCUAAACAGUUUCUGCUACUUUAUUGGCAUGAUUGGCAUUUCAUCACCUGAUGACAUUGAAAAGGCACCAAUAGCAGUGGCGCCAUACAAAAGCACUUGCUGGAAGAGUCAUCAGUGUCAGCCAAGCAAUUUGAAUCUUCAUUUUGAAAAUCUAUUGAAAUUGAAAGAUCACGUGUGGGAAAAUGUAUGAGGGAGAUUAACUCAAAUCACUGGGCAUAUCCUUGAUUGAUCCUUGUCGGAGAUGCUUCCACCAUUUUUGAUUAAGUGUAGAGUACGAUACCUCAUCAAAGCAGUAGGCGUUCUGCCUGCUGGAUUAGCUAAUCAGCAUGCACUGAAAUUAAGUGAGAUUCCUAAGAGUGAUCAAUCCAGAAUGCGGUCCUAAGGUGGGAAUGAGCAAGAAAAUGAUUGCUAUUGUUGUCAGGUAUGAACACCAAGCCGCUCUCUACCUUUAGCUGAGGUAAGAGACAAUGAUGGCAAUUUUUUGUGUCCCUGAGACAUUGUGCGUGUGUUGAGGGAGGGCUGUUAGGUGGGCGGCGUUUCGGUGACACUUUGUAUAGUUGGUUUGUUACUUCAGAUGAGCGGCUCACCUUAAUUGACAUCUGUUCAGAACUGAGCCUGCCAUGCAUGGUGUAACAUGGCGACUGUCACAGAUGACUGUUUUUAAAUGUGAGUUAAAAUAAUCGACUUGUUCAGACAAGAAAGCUGCUACAACUGAACGCACAAGUAGCACGCAUGGACCAAUCGUCAUAAUGGGUCAUUGUAGUACUGAUGAGGCCGAACGUUUCAAGCUGUGAAGGUAAGGCCUCACUUAAUUGGAGCAACAUCCUAUGUUCAUAUACUUUACACUGAACGUCUGUGGUCUAACUAGGCAUUCGGGAUUGUUUCAUGUAUUGUCAUCAUUGGAGCCACAUCAAGACUUCACUCAAGAUGCCAAUUAAGGAAGCAGUUCCCCUACAUUCCUUAUCUUGUGAAGGAUUGAAGAUGCACUCUGUUUCGUCUUGGUUUAAUAUUAUGUUCUGCUCUGUUUGUGAAUCGGCUGUAGUUGUGUAGCGUUUCGUGUGAACUUUGUGCUUCAAAGACCAGCAGGGAAGUUGGACUCUUUAGACGGGCAGGUAUUGGCCCGAGCAAUCUUGAUGUUGCAAUCACUAGUGAUUUGUUCUUAGAUAUGCAAAAUAUGUGCAGUUCUUUCACUCAUGCAUAGACAGGAGUAUUUUACGAUGUUGCUUUACAACGUAACCUAAGCAGUAAACUCACAACAUUACCCUGUCUUGUGCUGCUGCUGUUGAUGAUGCUUUAUUUAAUAAUUCCAGUGAUUUUUUUUUUAUGUGGCAAUUGUUUUCUGUGCGAGCCUUUUUUUUUUUUCGCUCUCGUUUUUCAUGUCGCAAAGGCAGCUGUUAAUUGAGGGCAGCAUUUUCAUGAACCUAUUUUUUCAGUCAUGAAGCCUUUUGAAUAAUCGUGUUAAUAAGUGCAUUGCUAAUAUUGCCUUGUCAUACAGAUUGUGUCAAAACACAAACAUUUUGAAUGUUAAAUAAUACUUGAAUAAAAGAAUGUUCAUAAAAAGUCAA